AUGCGCGCAACACGACCCGCUUCUCAUCUUACCCCCUUGGGCCAAAUCUUUUCCGCCCAAUGUAUUCCACCACAGCCUUUCACCUCACCAUCGUCCAUGCACACAAUGGAUCGGGUUUCUGGUCUUCCUGAAGUACCCCAAUCAGAACCCAUCCUACCGACCUCAUACCGGGAAUUUCGCCCUCAACAAAUCCCAUCUUCCCCACCUUCUGUGGCAUCCGACAUUGGCAGCGGACGAAAACUUCGUAAACCUCCAACGGUUACGCCUCGGUCGUUUAGGCGCUUUUUCACCCCACGGUCUUUACUAAACAGCGGAAGUAAUGGCAGCGUCAAAACAAGUCGACAGGCUUUGCGAGUGUUGAAUUCACCGGCCGUCAACCGACUCGGUCCCGCAUUCACCAGAUCGUCCGAUGGUCGCCCCCAAAGCCCUUGUGAUGGCGGACUGCCAGAGGAAACCUUUCGAACACCGAGUCGGAAACGGAAACAUUCAUUUUCCUCGGUUGCGUCGCCGCUGCAAUCUUCACCACUGAAAAAAGUUCGUCUGCGCUCUCCGGUUGUCAAUAAUGAGGUGGAACAAAAAACCGUGAUUCGAGAUGUCGAUUUGAGCGCGCGAGGGCGUUAUCGCGAAGCUACACCUCCGAGCCCCCCGAAGCAUCGGCCAGUCUCGCCGGUCACUCGAUCACGGGCGUUGCAGACUUCUGGAGCUUUGUUUAUGCGCACACUGCGGGGAAGCCGUGCUGACCGGCUCACUAUCCGAUCGACUGCUGGAGCUGGUUGGCAAGAUGUCACUUCGGACUUUCACACACGACCAGAAGACCGUCACUCAUGUACAAGUUAUGCCAACGAAGGACAAUUAGCACUUCCGUUUUGUAAUGCGUCUUGUAACACAAACUCACUAGUGGCCGUGGGCGAUGAAGAAGGAGGAAUCCGUUUGCUUGAUUCGUCCAAGGAGGAUGAGCGAGGCUUUUCUGGCGCAUAUCUUGGUUUUCGUCCUCACAUGAACUCCAUUAUGGAUCUGGAGUUCUCUUCGGAUGAUAUGCUGCUGGCUACGGCCUCUGGCGAUCAAACAUCACUGGUCAUUGAUAUGACCACGCAACGACCAAUUCACUGCCUGUCCAACCAUGUGUCUUCGGUAAAGCGAGUGCAGUUCCAGCCAGCUUCGAACAACAAAGUCCUGGCUACUUGCAGUCGUGAUGGUAACGUCAAUAUUUGGGAUCUUCGUUGCAAAGGGUUUGAGCGCCCUUCACUGCAAGUCCGUUGCUCAUUGGAGUCGGAGGCUGAAAGCUCGACGAUGCCUGCUCCGAAAAUGACAUAUCCACACGUUCUCAACACAAUCCAUGGUGCUCAUGCUUAUACAACACCACAAAAACCAGCCAUUGAUAAGUUCGAACAGCCUUCCUUUGGACGAUCUGACAUUACCGUUACAUCGUUGGCCUUUCUCCCUCCUGGCCAAGAAAAUCUUUUUGUUACCGCGUCUGAGGCUAGUGCAAGUGUUCGUCUUUGGGACUUGCGGACCGCGCACAACAGCCGUCGUGGUCGACCUGUUCUCCCAUUGUCCACGACCAGGGAGCCAGACAGCCAUGUAAAAUAUCGACGCUUUGGUUUAACCUCGAUGGCAUUUGGUGGCGAUGGCUCAAGGCUGUACACCCUUUGCAGAGACGGCACUGUCUAUGCAUACUCUACCUCGCAUCUGGUACUUGGUCAUGCUCCAGAACUUUCUUUGAAUAACGACCGCCCACGCCGCUCUGGAGGCUCCGACAAAGAAGGGCUGGGGCCUUUGUACGGGUUUCGCCACCCAAGGCUCCAAGUUUCCUCAUUCUACGUCAAACUUGCAAUGCGCAAGGCAGCCAACGACCGCCCCGAAAUGCUAGCAGUCGGCAGUAGCGAUCAGUGUCCAAUACUUUUCCCUACUGAUGAGUGUUUUCUCCAGUCUCCGGUCAAAAAGUUCCAAGAAGAUGAUCUCCCGCGCCAACCAUCCUUGUUCACCACUCGAUCGGGACUUCGGCGUACCAACUCUGGCUUGGGCUUAUCUGGACGUCUUGAGGACACUAUCCCUAUUCACCAAUCGGGCACUCCUCUUGUUGAAGGUCAUCAGAAAGAAGUGACGGGUAUGUCAUGGACUGUUAAUGGUGAGCUCAUCACAGUUAGCGAUGACUACAGCGCUCGCUGUUGGCGUGAAGGUCCCGAAGCUCGCGAGCUUCGUAAUUCUGGUGAAUCCGAGGGACGUCGCUGGCAAUGCGGCUGGGCUGCUACGAAAGACUCAUAUGACGAUGAAGAUGAAUGA